CUGCUCUGCAGUUCUCCUGCCUCUAUCCGGUCCUCUGUCCUAUAGUUUAACCUGUCUUGUCUGUCUGCUGUGAUAUCAUCCCUGCGUUUGCCAUGGGCUGGUCCGUCAUGUCGGAAUAUCCAAAUCAGAAGCUCCUGGACACCUUCACCGCUGCCUUCAACGCCCUGCGGACAAAGGAUGCUCGUCGAUUCGUGUAUCAGCAGCUACUAGAGCAGCUUCGUCCCGACGAGUGGCGCGAAGUGCAAGCUUGUGCAGACAUCCAUCUCAAAUGCGACAUCCUGGGCUCUCUCCCGCUGGAAAUUGUGGCCCAGAUUGUCCAGUCGCUCAGUAUCUCGGAAGUGAUUGUCCUUCGAAGAGUCUCCAAACGCUGGAAUACGCUGCUAUCGUCUCCUGUCGUCUACUCAACGGUUCUCCACAUACCCAGCGGAGAUGAUCUGCCUGUCCUAGAACAGCGCCGUCGCUUCAUCCGCCACGCCCGACGGAGGGUCAUGUUGGAAAGAGGACAGCCGGUGAGCAAAUCCCUCUAUCCAUCUCCUCAAGUCCCCAAUCCCCCUGCUCGUGUCGCCUUCGAUUACUUCGGUGGAAGAUGCGCUUGGGUCGACUCUGGCCCCGACAGCCGUGGCACGGGAAUAGCCGUCCGCUGUUUACGAUCUGGCGAGAUGUGCCGUUUCCAUACCGAAAACAGAGACCCUGUCUCUAGUGUCCGCAUCUCGGACACCAUAGUUGCUACAGUCACUAUGCGAGGAUACUGCCAUGUGUGGAAUCAUCACACUGAAGAGUAUGGCUAUUUCCGACUGCCUUCAAUACGUUACGACUUCUUCGUGGUGAAUGGGCAUAAGGUCGCUUUUUGCUUUACCAACUCUGUCACCAUCUGGGAUUUCCAGUCCCAAAGCACCACUCGGACAUUCCCCGCGGACCCUGGCAUGGUGUUCAUGGCCUUGUCCGCGGCAUCAAACAACCUCGUUACCGUUCAUCUCCGCAACAGGAAUGAUGGAACCUACCCCCUUCGUGUUCCCAGUGCGCAAGCACAUCUCGAGGUUGUGAGGUAUUCGUUGGACGAGACCGAUCGGGCGAAUAGUCUCUCUCAACCGGAAGUGUCCAAGGACUACCUGAACCUCCCCCUGGAUGAUACCUGGGUCGUGGACCGGUUCGAGCGACAUCUGAAAACAAUGUCAUGGUGCAGCAAUAGGACAGAAGCCUUGGGCCUACGUUCGCUGGAGCCCGAGUCUGGCCGGAUCGUGCCCCCGAGUCAUCUCAUCUUCAUUUCGCACGAUCUGAGCCGCGACCAGAUAGCUCUUCAUGUGGACGACUGGCGCUCACGAAGAAUGACAUGCGUUGCCCACAAUAUUUUCUACUUCGUCGAAGGUAAUGACGAUGAAACGCCUUGCAUAUGGAUCUCCAAUCCAAGUGCGGUCGACUCUCUUCGACCGGCGGAGUCCAUGCAAAUAGAAGGACCUUCUGUACAUUGUCCAUUAAGUGCCCCAACACACUUGCUUUACGGAGAUUCAGAUUUCGUUUUGGUGUUGAACACUAUCGGACUCGAGGUAUGGUGUUUUGACGGGACGAUUCAUCCCCCUAAUGCCAUUCCCCUAUGCGGCAAGUCGCAAUGA